CUAUCCUUAUUACUGAAGACUGAAUACGCAAAUCUGAACUUGUGCGUUACAUCUGGUCUUGAGGCAUAAAAUCUCUUAUUUGAUGCAAUUUGGUUUUCCGACAGAUUUUACAUAAUCUGCCAUCAUUCCGUUGAAGGGCAAGCCAUAAUACUUGGGAAUUCAGAUUUGGUAGAAAUGAAUGGCGUGAAGGAUUUUCCACGAUCAAACCCAUCCAUUCGAUCAUACACUCUAGAGAAAUAUCAGAUGCUUCGUUUUGAAGUCACUUCACCAUCUGGUUUAACUUUAGUUUCUGGUGCUGCUGAAGUUUUUGGUACUGAACUCGUUUGUGGUUGGGAGUUACAGUUAUAUCCAGGUCAACGAGGAACAGUCGUUACGUUCCAUGGCUGCAAACUGAUUGUUCAAGACCAGGGAGUUGCUGCCUAUAUAAUCGCCUCAUCGGAAGAUCAAGAAAUUGUACACGUAUAUAUGAAUAUUCAUGCUAACCUAGAAGUUUCACGACAAAAAGCUGUAAAGGAGCAAAGUAGAGGGCCACGCGUAUUAGUAUGUGGUCAAGAAAGUGUUGGGAAGUCUACACUUUGUCGCACUUUGGCAAGUUAUGCGGCUCGUAGAAAACACAAACCAAUACUUGUAGAUGUUAACGUUGGACUCAAUCAGGUGUGUAUACCAACAACUAUUGCUGCAAUAAGUGUUACUAAACCAUAUGAUUUGAUGGAAGGGUGGAGUCUAGAGGAAGAUCCACUAGUAUUUUGUUUCGGUCACACUGAUCCUGCGAGUAACUUAAAUCUUUUUCGAGAACAAGUGAAUCGAUUAGCCGAACUUAUCAAUAUUCGUUCUGAGAAUGAUAUGAGUAUAUUCACUAGUGGUUGUAUAAUCAAUAUGAGUGGAUUUCGUAAAGAUGAUUCAGAUGGUGGGUCAAGUAAAGAAAAGGGUAUCCAAGCCAUACGAACGACUGCUGCAGCUUUCGAAGUUGACACAUUGUUGGUCAUAGAAGAUGGAUUUCUAGCUUCGUUCCUGCGUGAAGAUCUUCCUCCCGAGGUGACUAUAGUGAGAUUACCCAAAUCGUCAGGUGCUAUAACUAGAAGUCCAGAUCAGUGGACACGUCAGCGAGAUGCUCGAGUCUGCGCCUAUUUACAUGGCGAAAACCCCUUGAGACGUCUACAUCCACACCAAAUAACGCUUAAAUCUUCUGAGUAUUCAAUUUACAAAGUUGGAAGUGAGGCCAUUCCCGAUGCACUUCUCCCACAUGGAGCACAAGAAGAGGAGACAUGGCGUAAUCCCAUCCAGGUUUCAGUUAGUCGAGAUUUGAAGAAUCGUCUGUUGGCAGUUUCUCAAGCUUCAGAACCUUAUCAAGUUCCAGAAGCUCCUGUUUAUGGAUUUAUCGUAGUUGUUAAUGUUUCCGAGGACAAGUCCGCAUUCACCAUACUCAGCCCAAGUCCACAUCCUCCUCCAAAUAAUCUAUUUUUAUUAACCAGUAUUUGUUACGUUGAUCCUGAAUCACUGUAAUUUCGUAUGUAAAAAUUGACCAGUGGUCUUGUAAAUAUAUUUCUCUGUUGUACUGUUAAAGCAAACGUUUAUUGGAUUUUAUUAGAAUUAAAUAUCGAUAAACUGUUCCAUCACAGAUGAGAGCCUUACAUACGAAUGAUGUAAAUGGGUACAUAAUACAUCAAGCUGUUGAAAAA